AUGUUUUCUUCCGUUAAAAAGAUGUUUAAAUGGAAUUUGUCCAAAAGAAGUGAAGGCAACUUCCAUACAAAAUCGUUGUUAGUUGUUAUUUUAAAUAAUGCUUUUGAAGAUAUUUUAUCCUGGAAAAAGACAUGGCUAACAUUAACUGUUGUUUUCUAUUUUCAUUUGGUGUUCCUAGUGUGUUUUAGUCGGCAGUUGAACAGUAUUCAAAUAUUUUGCGCGAUAUUCAUUAUAAUACUAAUUCUUGAUGCCUUUGAGGCGUGGUUAAGGUAUAAACACCGAACCACUUGUCUUAAACGCUUAGCAGACCAAAGUAACAAUAGUCAAUUUAUAGUAUGUAAAACACAAUUAUGGCUAAAUAGUCAGAUGGUUACCUUCAUUCAACUACGUGAAACAAAUCCUACUAAGGCAUUUCUACUGUUGCAAAUGAUAUUUGUCACAAUUUUUCUGACUGGAAGAUAUAUAAGUGGUUAUACUUUAACAUACAUAUUAUUUUUGGUGCUAAUAUCCUUUAAUAAAAUAAUACCACCUAUAACAAGAAUAGCAAAGAAACUUCAACAAACUGCAGAUUCUGAAUUUGAAUUGGAAGGUCUGGUACCUGAUGCUUCCACUGUUAAUCUAGACUUACUGUCUAUAGAACCUGAAAUACCCCAGGUUUUUGAUGACAAGCAGAGCUUAGAUUGUUGGAAGCCAGAAGAUAUACCUAUAGAAGAUGCCAGUGAUAGUUCAGACACAAGUAGCUCUCUUGUAAAACACUUAUCCAUGGAGAAAUUGCAAAAUCUGGAAAACAAUGUUGAGGAGACGGAUUCUAGUGAAGAUGAAUAUAUUCCUCAUAGUCAGCAAACAGAGCAAUUCCGCUCGACAAUAGAGGUACAACCUAUAGGAACAUGGGGAAAUACUGCAUACAAUGUUAUAUCUUCAUUUAGUGGAGCUGUAGCUAACAUGGUAUAUAGUUCUAGUGAGGAAAAAAAAAGGAAAAGAGUUUCAAGUAUUGAUUCCUCUGAUGGAUUUGAGAUGUUAGACAAGAAUGACUUUAUGUAG